AUGUUUGCUGCACUGCUGAAGGAUGGAUACUCACAGUUGUCGGCUUAUGAAAGGAAAAGACUGAAGAACAUUACAGAAAAUGCUAAAUUCUUUGCUGCUUUAAAGCUGCACGAGUCAGCUGCAAGACUUAACCAAAUUGCAACUAAGAGGCGACCUCAUGUCACCAAAAGAGCUAAGCCGAAAAAGGCAGAAGAUGAAACGGUACGUCGGAGAUCUAUGCGCUUGCAGAGAGUAGAGCCGUCAGGAAUUCCAACGCUGGAGGGGUCUGCCCAGCCAGAAGCAGAGGAAUACCCUCAAGUGCCAGCCGGGCCUUUGCCGAUGGUUCCAGAAGGUGAGAUGGAGAACAGUAAAUUGGCAGAGGACUUACUGGCUACAUGGAUGCGGAUAAGUGAGAUGAAAGCUGAUGAUACUGAAAAGCGCACGCGUGACAUGAAAAGAUACCAGGAGAGCCUGAACAGCAUGGUCCUCAGUGAAGAUAACAUUAAAAAGGUGGUGAAAUACCGGGUGUGCUCCAUGGCUAUCCAUCCUUCCGAAAGCAUCAUCUUCGUGGCAGCUGGAGACAAGUCCGGGCAGAUUGGUCUCUGGAAUGUGAACUGUAAGUCUGAAGGAGCACACGUCUUCGUUCCGCACAAUUACCUGGUCAGCUGCAUGCAUUUUUCUCCAUUUAAUCCUGCUCACUUGCUGUCUCUAAGCAGUGACACUCUGCGAUGUGGCGACGUGACGAGAGCCGUCUUUGACGAGAUAUGCAGAAGUGAAGAAAACUUCUCUUCCUUUGACUUUUUGGAAGAUACCGCCUCCACUGCAAUAGUAGGGCACUGGGAUGGCAACGUUGCCAUUGUGGACAGACGGACGCCAGGAACAUCGUCAGAGCUUUCUGCAGACAUUGGCUUCAAAAGAACGAGGACGGUCCACGUGCACCCGGUGAAUAAGCAGUACUUCAUCGCCGCUGGCUCAGUGGAUGUUUGUAUUUAUGAUGUUCGAUACCUGAAGUCCAACAGGAACAAGCCUGUGAGCUCUCUUAAAGGACACACAAAAAGCGUUGCUUCUGCCUAUUUCUCGCCUGUGACUGGGAACAGAGUAGUGACGGUGUGUGCUGAUGAUAAGCUGAGGGUCUACGACACCACCUCUUUGUCGACAGUCGCGGUUCUCAGUACCAUCAGCCAUAACAGUAACACAGGGCGCUGGUUAACGAGGUUCAGAGCAAUAUGGGACCCUAAACAGGAGGACUGCUUCGUGGUGGGCAGCAUGGCGCAGCCCAGACAAAUCGAAGUCUUCCAGGAUACUGGAGAAUUGUUGCACUCCUUCUAUAACCUUGACUACCUUGGUUCCGUGUGCUCCAUCAACGUGGUUCAUCCCACUCAGAACAUCUUAGUGGGGGGCAACUCCAGUGGCCGCCUUCAUGUGUUCAAAGAAUAAAAAAAGUGGCUUGGAUUUUCCCCACCCCCCUUUUUGCAUUAAUUUGUUUAAUCCCUACCGAGCUGUUCCUAAGCCAGCUGUAUUUUCUCAGGACACGAGUGUAUUUUAAAAGCUUUAAAAUAAAUCUCCUAAGCUACCUUUGGCAUUCUUCUAAUUAAAAAUUAAUCCUGCUAUGACAGUAAGUUUUUACCAAACCAGAUUAAUUUUCCCUGAUACUGAAGUAAUUUUUCAAAAAAAAAGAAAAACCCCGUUGCCUGGGUAGGGUACUUGCGAAGCGGGAGGGCUCGUUCUCUGCCAGGUUGCGUGGUGCUCCCACCCUCUCGUAAGGCUGGUAGGCGUUCGGUAUCCCCGUCGUCGGCAAAAUCUUCUCCCUGGAGUCAGACCUCUACGGCCUAACCCGGCCCUUCCUGGGGCAGAAGGAAGGUCGGGGCCGCGGGCGCGGUUCCGGGGAAGCGCCGUGGUUGGGGGUUGCGCUUGGCGUCGUCGCGGCGUAGGCAGAGGGCUCUGUGGGUGCUGAGGGGCGGUGCGGUGGUCCUGGGCCAUGCGCUGCGGGUCACCGGCCUGCGCCUCCCCUUUCAGCCCCUGCAA